GUCUAUAGGUGUUUGGGUGACUGAGGGAGAGGAGCGGACUGGGAGGUGUAAUAUUGUUCCUCAGCGGGUUUGUUAAGGGAUCGCCGAGAUGCUGGCGCUAAUUAACCGAAUAUUAGACUGGUUCAAGAGUCUCUUCUGGAAGGAGGAGAUGGAGCUGACCCUUGUUGGCCUCCAGUACUCCGGCAAGACCACCUUUGUUAAUGUUAUUGCGUCAGGACAGUUCAGCGAGGACAUGAUCCCCACGGUGGGCUUCAACAUGCGCAAGAUCACCAAGGGCAACGUGACCAUCAAGGUGUGGGACAUCGGGGGACAGCCGCGCUUCAGAUCCAUGUGGGAACGCUACUGUCGAGGGGUCAACGCCAUUGUAUACAUGGUGGACGCUGCAGACCCAGAGAAGAUAGAAGCAUCGCGUAAUGAACUGCACAACCUUCUGGACAAACCUCAGCUGGCCGGCAUCCCCGUCUUAGUGCUGGGAAACAAGCGAGACCUUCCAAACGCACUGGACGAGAAGGGCCUGAUUGAGAGGAUGAACUUGUCAGCUAUCCAGGACCGGGAAAUCUGCUGCUACUCCAUAUCUUGUAAGGAAAAGGACAACAUUGACAUCACACUUCAGUGGCUCAUCUCGCACUCCAAGUCUGGCGGCCGCUAAGCUCUGGGAGGCGAUACGGGAGGCUGGGAGACUAGACAGCAAGGUGACGGAUCCACCACGGAGGGAACGAGUGGGAGAGGAAGUUAAAAUGGGGAGGAAUGUUCAGGGUUUUGUAUUUGAGAAGGUACACAAGGGAAUGGGGUAUGGAAAGGGGGCUGAAAGGAGUUUAUUGAAGGAAAUGUUAAUGAAGGAAUGCUGGAAAAUGUGAGGGAAUGUAUGGGGAGAGAGAAAAGGGGAGAAAGAUGUGGAAGGGAAGGAAAUGACAAAUAAACACGAGAGGGUUUUAGCGAAGUAGUAUACGAAACAAACUAAUGGUGACUGAAAAAGGACAGAAGGAAAUGAAUUAUGAGAGAAAAUGGAAACAGGAAGGGAAAUUAUAGAAAAAGAGAAGGAAAUGAACCGAAAACAAAAGAAAAACAAGACAAGGUAAGAAAAUUGUACAGAAAACAAGAAGAGUAGGAAAGAAAGAAUAAGAAAUUAAGAAGAAGGGAAGGGAAGGAAGUUUAAUGGGAAGAAAGAGAAGAAGAAAAACAAAGAAAACAAGAAGAGAAGCAAACCCAAUAGAAAACAUGAUAGAGAAAACAGGAACAAAUGGAAAAAAAAAAAAAAAAGAGAGAGAGACAACAGUACACUAAAUAUGGCUGAGAAGAGAAAGAAGAGGAGGAGGAGAUGAUGACGACGACGACCUUGUGUAGCCUUGUCAACUAGUAAGGGAUUGGGCGGGUUUUAUAACUAAUUCGGUAACACUAACCCUGCCCUCUGGUGUGGUGGAGCUCUCUAGUAACCACACCACCACACCUCCACCACACGAGAGGGCAACCAGACAAGGCAACAAGUGGUGGUGGCGGUGGUGGUGGUGAGAGGUUGAUUGAGGUCACUGAGGUUGGUUUUCUGCUCUCUGUGUGGUGAAGGGAUGUGUGUAAUAUAUCAGUAGGUGUUUACAGAUUGACGGGGAGAGUAGGCAGAAUGAACCGUUUCCCCCCCCCCAUACGCUUAUUGUCCUGAUGUUGAUGUGAAGCUAUAGAGAAAAAUUUUUAAAGAGAGAGAGAGGAGGAGAGAGAGGUAUAGUUCCCGUAGUCAUACUCUCAUACCUAACCUAACCUAACCCCUUCCUGUUUUUCUUCCAGAGCUGCAUCUCCUUUCGUAAAUGUCCAUAACGAAAAAAAAAAAAAAAACUUAAAAAAAUAUAAAUAACACCCUUUUUGCAACCCUUGAAGAAAAAAUGAUUAAAAAAAGAGUAUGUUAGACUUAUUUAGGUUUUUGCUUAUGGUAAUAUAAAGGUAGGAAUUAUAAAGAAGACUUCAAAUAUCCAACCUUGUUACUGCAGAGAGAGAGAGAGAGAGAGAGAGAGAGUGAGUAAUAGUGUAAAGGAUCUAUCCCUAGGGGAGGGGAGGUCAUAGGGAUUACAUAUUACAGAGAUUACUCCCCCUGUCUUUUUUUAUUGUGUCAAGUCCUGUAGUGGAUAAAGAAAACAGUCGAAUAUGUCGCCGAAUUUUACCACAGGGACGUUCUUUAGUUUUGACCUGUGGGGUGCUCGCUAGAGGGUCAGAGGUCAGAGGUCAAGAGGUUCGUGGUCAUCUUACCAUGGCAGAGGAAGGCGUGUGCUGUCCUCUCCUUGUGCGUUGAUGUCUUUUUUUUUUAUAUAUAUAUAUCUAUUAUUUAAGUGGCUAAUCAUUCCUCAGCUUGUAAAGAUCAAUUUAUGGUUGCUGUUAUCUACUACUGUGUGUAUGUGUGUGAGUGAGUGUGAGUGUGAGGCUGGAUCUUUCUGUGUGUGUGGAGGUUAUCAGCCCUGUAUGCUUUAGAAGAAGUACGCCAUAGUGGAAAUACACACACGUACACUUUUGUCUAGGUAAUAGGUGUCCUGCACAGUUGCUUUUUUGUAUUGCAAUUCUGAGAUGAGUGUUAGGGAGUCAGUGUUUUCGGAAGAAGUCGGUAUGUUUCAGCUCGCAACACAACACUGCAUGACACGUAACAACACAAACAUUGGACUGGCGAGGUGUGGGAGGCACAAACUUGGUGGUGGCAACCCAGCAGUGAAUGGAGCGAUGUGGACUCCUGACGUCAACACCAUCAGCAACACAAGGUUCUUUCUUUAGCCGUUUGUGCUAUUAAGUUCUUGCAUCAAGGUGUGCAUUCUCAAACGCUUUGUCCACUUGUCUCCAGUACUUCCAACUCGUCCCAUUCAGUGGAAGUUGUUGGGAUUUUCAAGGGUGUUUUCGUAAUGCUAGCUAGUGAUGUUCUAACAGACUGUAGUGGAAGUUGUUGGUUUUUCAUGAUUCUAAAUAGUUUAAUGAGGUCAAGUAGAAGUUACUGGGGUUUUCCAAGAGUGUUUUCAUGGUUCUAAUGUUUAACUAUAGCUUGAAUGGAAGUUGUUGGCAUUAUUCAAGAGUUUUCCAUGAAUUUUUAGAUGGUUUGACAAGACCUCCACAUCACCAGUGGGAAACAAAGAAAAACAUGAGAACCUAACCUAUCAUCCCUUUUGCCAUAAAAAAAUAGUCCAGAUCAGAGAAUGGAGUGUUUGAGAAUACCUGUCCCAAGUCCUGAGUCCUGGGCUGCUGCGGCAAACACACCAUGCCCAGCCACACCCGUCCCCCUCCCACCCCCCGCAUGUACAUGCUGGUUCUGAGGGAGACGGGUCAUGCCACACAUAUCCUUGCCAUCAGCCACCUCACUUACAAGCUUGUGGGACAUACAGCAAAUUCCUUGCCAGGACAGACCCUCACUGUGUUUCACUGCUUCAUUGACCAAGCAGGCCCUUUGUGGUGUUGAUAUUGAUACACAUAGACAAAUAUAUUACAGAUUAUGUGGAAAUCACUUGUCCCGGCUGUUGUUUUGGUUGGUGAGGAGUAGUUGUGUUUGGUGAGGUUAGCUUAGGUACCUCACACAAUUUAUAAACUAAACUAACCUAACCUAACCUAACCUUUAAUUAAGCAAACUUAAUUUAACCUAACUGAAGUUAACCUGACUGAACCUAGACUAACCAAUCUGAAAGGCAGCUAGAACGACUGAUUUUCUCAUGACGCUAUCAAUAUUAUGACUUUUUUUACUAGGUAGGUAGUAGGACAUAGAGUUUUGUUGAAGUGAAAUGAUCUGAGGUAGUAUUAUGUCUUAGAGUGAAUGUACAUUUGAGACAUCAAGUCAUGUUUUCAUUGGCUGAUUUUAAGGAAGAAUGAAUGUUUAAAGAAGUUGCAUGAUAAACUCACAAGUGUAAUAUAUACAUGACUCGUUUCCUUCUCUCAUGGGUGGAUUGGACUGUACAUCACUAGCAGCACUAACACAACCACCACCACCGCAGCCCAGUGCAACAUCAAUACUACCUGUACACUGCUGCCUGCUGGCCAUCCCCCUCACAUACACUCAACAUAGCACACUGCAGCCUAGACUCAGUGCUGUAGGAGUGGAAGUAAGGGAGGGAACACACACACACACACACACACACACACACACACACACACACACACACACACACACACACACACACACACACACACACACACACACACGUUAAACUUUAAAACCAAAUUGUAUAAAAGUAGAUGUAAAAGAAAGAAAAUAACAGUAGCUUAAGUCAAUUUAUACUGAACACACACACACACACACACACACACACACACACACACACACACACACACACACACACACACACACGAACAUUGCCUGCCAGUGGUUCUGUAAUGGUGUGUGGUGGUGCUACUGCUGCUCCUCCACGACAAACUCAACUGCUGAAUUGUUUUAGUUUGUUAUUUUAUUGAUUUAUUUUGUGUUUCAUUGUUUAGUGUUUGUCAGUUACUUUUUUUUUUCAGCAGAUCAAGAAGAGUGAGGUGAAGGUAGAAAUGUUAAGUGCAUGUAGUGAUUGGGUUGGGUUAGGAUGCAUUAUCUCCAAUCCAACUUGGUGUAUCCUAACCAAAUGUAGCCUUACCUAACUUGACUUAAACUAACCUAAUCAGAUGACCUGGCCCUACCUAACAUGACCUGACCUGACCUGACCUGAAAUGACCUCAGACUGCGCAGGUUAAUUGGCCAUGAGUACACCUGUAUAUUUUGGUGUAAAGGUGCCAGUCAGUUUAUUUGCAGCUUUUUUUUUUUUUUUUUUUUUUACCAUUAAGAAUUUAUAUUUUGUAAUUGUCCAUAUGCCCUUUUUUGUAUAUAAUUUAGUCUGUGAUGAUAAUUAUUACUAGUACUAUUAUAUAACACUAACAGAUAAGGCAGUGAGGUAGUAGUUGUGUUAUGGUGUUGUAAUAAGUAAGGUCUACCUGCUGUUGUGCGAGGAAAAAUUCAGAAUGAGGUAAUAUAAAAGCCAUUCAAGUUACAAUAAUUACUUUUUAUCGGUACACCUCUUGAGCCCAACACGCAUCAGUCUGUCCAUCAACUCCUCUUCCUCUUCUUUUUCAUCCUCAGCCUUUUACUUUCUCUUCCUUCAUUCUUUUCAUUUAUUUCCAAACCUCAACAGAACUUUCCUUAUCUAUGUAAUUAAGAAAACCUAGCAACAUUUGUAAGAUAUUUUUAGUUGUCACAUGCAGGAAACCAUUCAGUCAUGUUAAUUCUUGUAUAUUUCUCCAAAAUUCUUGCUUUCACUCACCUGUGUUCUUAAAUGUUUGGUUAGCACAUCUCCCUUACUUUCAAAGGCUCUAGUGAAAGUUACUGUGGGUUUUUGUGAUAGUAGUGAUAGUUUGACAGACUAUUAGGGUUUCCAUGAUACUAAUAGUUUUGAGAGGCAUUAGUGGAAGCUAUUGGGCUUUUCAGUGAAUAGUGAUAGUUUGAAAUGCUCUAGUGGAAGUUAUUGAGGUUUUCAUGAUGCUAUUGGUAAUUAGACUCAAAUGGAAGUUACUGGGGUUUCCAAGAUGCUAUUGGUAAUUAGACUCAAAUGGAAGUUACUGGGGUUUCCAAUAAAUUUUUUAUCUUUAACGAGUCUAGUGGUAGUUUAGUAGGAAAUCCAUGUCGGUUGAAAAGAUACACUCACGAACCUGACUCAAUAUCCAUGGCCUCUAGAAGUGCUACUGAUGGGAGAACAAAGCAUUUAAGGAGACAGGCUUGAGUCACCGCAAUGGUUCCUCCUGCAUGUGCUUCUACAUGACAGGUUUCUUCAGCAUGGCACUGCAACACCUGCCUUCUUAUUGCACCUUUCUACUUGUUAGCAGUUGAUUUUAUUUCCGUAUCUUCUGUUUCUGUAAUUAAUUAAGUCCUUUACCAACCCUUUUGCACAUAAAGAAUAUUAUAAUUUACUUAAUAACUUAUAUUUUUUAAUCAUCCUAUGGUGCUGUGAAAUGGGUUGUUUGUUGGGGUAGGGUAGCUGAGGUGACAGCCUAACCUAAUCUGUGCCAGCCAUCCCUUGGUUAGGCUAGGUUAGAGCAAAUAGUUAACCUAGCCUAUACUAGUCCAUCUUCCAAGUAAAUAGAUAAACUUGGUUAGGUUAAAUUAGAUUAGAUAACCUAACUGCUACCAGAUAUAGCAAAUAUGUUCCUUGACUUGUGGUUUGUUUCAUAAUUAUUUAUUAUUAUUAUUAUUAUUACUGAUUUAUUAUUAUAUUUUAUUAGUUAUUUUCAUUUUUUACAAGUGGUGGUGGUAUGACAGCGAUGUAGUGUGUGUGUGAGCGAGAGGCAAAGUUACGAGCUGGUUUGUAUGUGGAGCGUGUCGCUGUCUUGCCUGAUUACCUGUGUGAAGGUGAUCCUGAUCCAUAACGGGCAGUGACGGGCGGGACAGGCUGUGCAGAGAAGCUGUUCGAGACUUUUCAUGAUUGCAGUGACAUAACAGUGUAGUGGAUGUCAUUGAUGAUUUCAGGAUUGUAGUGAUAGCCCGGCACGUCUUAGUGGGAGUUAUAAAGAUUUCAAGUGAUUUCAUGAGUUUAGUGCUGCAAUAGUUUGUCAAGAAUUGUGUUAAAAGAAAAACACCCAUUGAGAAUCCAACUAGUCACCUGUGAGACCUAUGAGAGAUGUCCUCGUGAGAGUGUGGGGGAAGAGGUGGCGAGAGGCGGGGCUUGGGUCGGUAUUCUGCGCUCCCUGUCCUGUUCAGCUCGUUCUUGUGAGUGGAAAAUAAACUUUCUUGAGAAUUAGGUGAGCUUAAAACUGUCGAUGCUUGAGACGUGGACAUUAGUAUUUACUUCAUGACUUUGUAAUGUGGCAAAUAAAUCAUUUAUAUAGCA